GUACGAUCAACAUACUGGACCUUCUUCUUACACCAACGACAUCGACUUCGAACGUUCUGCAGUUGUUGCUGACACAAUCGACAUCCUCGAUCGCUGCGGGGCGCUAUUUCUGUCUUCUGUAACACCGGCUCUCUACGACCAACCCUCAGCAUUGGUCCUGAAUCAGACAUCCGAACGCAAGUCGUGUGGUUUCCCACCACACCUCCUCAUUCGGCCAAACGAAACAGCACUGUCCGUUCCAGGCGGUUCACAUAUACUCUCGGUACCCAAUUAUAGCUGGCGUUGGAAGGUAGAGCCUCGUUCAGAUAACCUUUCGACAUGCCGGCGAAACCUUUCUCGGCUGUCACGGUCCAAAUAGAUCGUUUGACCAGCGAACAAUAUGAAGAGAACGACAUCGGCGGUGUCGUUGACCUCAUCGAAGUCAUUCGUAUCCAGUCAACCGGCCCCACUGAAGCAGCACGUGCACUGCGAAAGAAGUUGAAGUAUGGAGACGCGCAUCGCCAGAUCCGUGCAUUGGUGAUACUAGACGCUUUGAUCCAGAAUGCAGGUUCAAGAUUUCAAAAAGCUUUCGCAGACGAGCCUCUUCUGGAACGCUUACGUAUAUUGGCUCGCGACGAGACAGCCGAUGUUGAUGUUCGCAAGCGGGUGAAUGUUCUCUUUCGACAGUGGGCUGUCGCGUACAAAGGCACGCCUGGUCUCGAGCGCAUCGCAGCCCUACACAAAGAGCUUCCUCGCAAGAGUCGACCUCAGCCACAGCAAUCUCGAAUUAUCCGCGAACAAGACGCUGAAGCAGCCCGUGAGCGCGAAGAGCACUCGCCGUCACCUACGCCUCAGCCUCGACGACCUGACCCUCCACACACGUCUUCAUCGUCAAGCAGACCGGUGGCGUUAGGUUCCACUACAUCAUCCGGUGGCUCUUCGCUUUUCAGUAGAAGCAAGAAGGACAAGAAGACUCCGAAAGGACAGAAGUUCAAUCUUGAGAGAGAGAAGGGUCAGAUGUUGGAGACGAUGGCUUCAGCCAACGUCGCAAGCGCAAAUCUCCUGAAUGGGCUGCAGCUUAUCAAUCGAGAGCAGCAGCGCGUCAGCGACAACCCGGAGGUUAUGAAGCGCUUUGAAACCUGCAAGCAGCUCCGCCGCCAAAUCCUACGCUACAUCCACCUUGUUGAGUCCGAGCAGUACAUCGGUGGCCUGCUCAAUGCCAAUGACGAGCUCGUGAAGGGACUCAUGGCUUUCGAGAUCAUGGAUAAGAGCAUAGACGAUGAUGACAGUGACAGUGAGGACGAGUCAGACAUUGCUCAGGCGAAGAUGGCUAGCUUGAAGAUACAGGAAGAGACACCUCCUGCGAAGCCGCCUCGGCCAAUGAGCAUUCCUAUGCCUCCUGCUCCUGCUCCUGUUCCUGCGGCGGGCAAGCAACGAGCUGAUCCAGAUAGCGAGCCAGAGGAUGAUGAUGAUCCGUUUGGAGAUAGCAAUGCUGUCGCAACGCCUUGGGCGGAGAAGAAAGAACCUAACUGGAGGGACGUAUAAUACUCGCAAGAUCCGAGAUCAUCCCUGUGACGAAGCCAGAAUCUGUUGCUACAUGAUCAAGUUAACGAAAUCCAACUU